CUCCUAAUAUUCCAAUUAUUAAUCAACAACUCAAAUAUCUUCAGAAUAUUAUAGCUGCACCUUAAGCCCAUUUGCUGGGAAAAAUUCCAUUCUGGUUUAUAAUAAAUGUAUAAUCUUUAUUUUUAGAUUCCCAUAGAAAAUCUUGAAAAACCUCCGGAACAGGUAAGGCAGUGAUUUAUCAAAGUUCAAAUUCAAAUUUGUUUGCACUAAAACUCCUAAUAUUCCAAUUAUUAAUCAACAACUCAAAUAUCUUCAGAAUAUUAUAGCUGCACCUUAAGCCCAUUUGCUGGGAAAAAUUCCAUUCUGGUUUAUAAUAAAUGUAUAAUCUUUAUUUUUAGAUUCCCAUAGAAAAUCUAGAAAAAACUCCGGAACAGAUUCCCAUAGAAAAUCUAGAAAAACCUCCGGAACAGAAUCCCUGUGAAAAUCUUGCAAAACCUCCGGAACAGAAUCCCACUGAAAAUAUUGAAGAACCUGUGGAACAGGACAGACCAGCAAUUGAAAUGAUUGAUCACGAUCCAUCUGGAAUAUUUGAAUGUAUGGAACCAAUUGGAAAAGGAGGAUUCGGACAAGUAUAUAAGGGGCGAUAUCUAGGAAGUGACAAAGAUCUCGCCAUAAAAGUGGUCAAUGUCAAAAAGGAAAAGGAAAACAUUGAACUUAAUGAGAUAAAUCUAUUGUGGAAAUGUGGCGGACAAAAGAACAUUGUCCAGCUGUACGGCGCCAUGCUCCAUGUCACAGAGCCAUCACUGGAUAACAGAUUAUGGUGUGUCAUGGAGCUUUGCGAAGGGGGUUCCAUUAGGGACCUUAUUAACCAGCAAGUUGCCAGGACCCUUCCAGAACACUGGAUACAGUACCUCUGUCGGCAGGUGUUAAAGGGCUUGAGGUACUUGCAUAACACCUGCAUAAUCCACCGUGACCUAAAGGCUAUGAAUAUUAUGCUGACAGCCAGGGCGCAGGUUAAGAUAAUUGAUCUUGGCCUGGCUGUACAAUUAAGCAGCAAAGAUGCUGCAUUUAGAGGUAUAGCAGGGACCCGAAAAUGGAUGGCCCCUGAAGUAAUUCUCUCUCAGCAAUAUCAGACAGAACCAUAUGACUUCAGGUGCGACAUAUGGUCUCUGGGAAUUACUGCCAUCGAAAUGGCAGAAGGAAGAGCACCAUACAGCAACGUGCCCAAGGAUCAAGUAAAGGCAAUGAUUGUAAACAAUGACCCUCCGACUCUGAAUGCGGAUGUCUGGUCUAAAGAAUUCCAGAGUUUCAUUGCAUGCUGCCUGACUAAAAAUCAGUUUGAAAGACCAACGGCCAAAGAGUUACUGAGGAGCGAAUUUAUAAGAAAUUGGGACAAAACAUUUCAGGCAAAAAAGGAGAUAACUGCUCAUAUACAUAGAAUGAAGAUUCAGAAAGAACUACAAACUAGUAAAUCUUAAAAUGAGCAGCCACCCAAUAAGAAUGUGCAAGAAGAACCAAAAAACCCAGAGCAGUAAGAGCAACCAGUUAUACUGGCCCACACUCAGGAGUAUUCAGAGCCUCAGAUAUACCCAGAGCUGCAAAAUCAAUUUGAACUCCACGGACACCCAAAGGUGGUGGAAAAUAAAGACGUGUGAGUUGCAGUAACACUCUGAGCUAUAAGAACAUGGUGAUAUAAUGUAAAACGGACAAUGAUAAAAUGGCAUCCUAUGUAACCUGCGCAUCAUCAGAGGCUUGAAACGUUGGGCAUUGCUAGCGUCACUCUGCAAGCUGGAGGGGUGGAUGGGGAGGCCCAGCUAGCAGUGACGUAACCCAAAUAAAAUGAAACACAGCAAUGCUACCAGGAAAAAACAAUGAGAACUUCAUUUUCAUCUUAGAAUGGAUGAACUGUAUGAAGUCCAACAGCCCGAAGAGCACAGACAGAAGCAAGUGAUUGCAGAUGAACUCAAAGAUAUAUAAUAUUUUAAAAAUAUUUUAUAUAUUCUAAUAAAAGUUUGCAGUAAAAUAAGUCA